UACAACCCUGUGAUAAGGACGUCAUCAUGAUCCCUCUCUCACAUCCACCGGCUUUAAUAAUACACACAGCAAAAGUGCGAGCUCAAAACGUUGUAUGGUUUGGUGCAUUAAUGUGGUUUGUUGUCUCAUCCCGGCUCCAACAGUAGCGUCGGGUAACUAUUUCAAGUAACGAGGGACACUGGCACAGCUUUACCAAACAGCUGCAAGCUAACGGCGGCUCUAGCCAGAUGAUGCAGUGGCAGCGCAGCUAGCUAACAGCUGGGGUGGACAGGCAACAACUGCACUGACUCUCCGUCCGUCCCGCCGGAGGAACAGCAACAGCCGAGAGGAGGACAUGACCGAGCUGGUGAAAAGUUUGCCCUCCCCGUCUCUCCCGGGGCUCCAGCUGCCGUAUUUGGAUAACUACAAGGGCUGGCUCUUUAAAUGGACCAACUACCUGAAGGGCUACCAGCGGCGCUGGUUCGUCCUCAGUAACGGCCUGCUGUCCUACUACAGGACUCAGGCAGAGAUGGCACACACUUGCCGGGGCACCAUUCCCUUGGCAACAGCACACAUCGAGGUGGGUGACACCUGCCACUUGGUGUUAACCUGCGGAGGCCGAAGCUACCACCUGAAGGCCACCUCGGAGGGAGAGUGUCAGCGAUGGGUGUCAGCUCUGCAGCAAGCCAAGGCCAAUGCCACACUUCUCAUGCAUCACUCAGAUGACUCAGGAGAUGAAGGCCCCACACCUCAGGAGGACCGUGCCCUAAGCCAAGGGGUGCUCAAAACUCUGAACAGCAAGCUAGAUGACCUGAGCACCUGUAAUGAGCUGAUAGGAAAGCACGGUGCCGCCCUUCAGCGUUCCCUCAGCGAACUUGAGGACCUGCGUGGAUCUGCUGACAGCACUGACAAAGUGAAAGCAGUUAAUGAGCGAGCCACUCUGUUUCGCAUCACCUCUAAUGCUAUGAUCAAUGCUUGUCGUGACUUUCUGGACAUAGCGGAAUCUCACAGCCGGAGGUGGCAGAAGGCCCUGCACUAUGAGAGGGAACAACGUCACCAUCUGGAGGAGACCAUCGAACAGUUAGCCAAACAGCACAACAGCUUAGAGACAGCCUGGAGGGAGAAUCCCACCUCCUAUACAGGUGUGGAGCGGUCUCGGGAGGGGGAUCUAAGCGAUGAGAAUGAGGAGGCAGAGUUCUUCGAUGCAAUGGAGGAAACCCCUGCAUUCAUAACUGUGACUGCUAGUGGCAACGUACAGCACAAGUGCUCAGGGAGUAAUCAGAGCGUGAUGAGCAGUGGAGUGAACAAUGACUGGACUCACAAUGAGAACGACACCUCGGGCACAAACCACAUGCAGCUACGAAGAACAAGACGAACUCAUAUUCCUGACAAACCAAAUUACUCCCUCAACCUGUGGAGCAUCAUGAAGAACUGUAUUGGCAAAGACUUGUCCAAGAUCCCCAUGCCUGUAAACUUCAAUGAGCCGCUGUCUAUGCUACAGCGCCUGACUGAGGAUCUGGAGUACAGUGAGCUUCUGGACCGCGCAGCACGCUGUGACUCCUCCCUGGAGCAGAUGUGCCUAGUGGCUGCCUUUUCGGUCUCUUCCUACUCCACCACGGUCCAUCGUACAGCCAAGCCUUUCAACCCUCUGCUGGGGGAGACUUACGAGCUGGACCGGUUGGAGGAGUAUGGCUAUCGCUCCAUCUCUGAGCAGGUCAGUCAUCACCCACCAGCUGCUGCCCACCAUGUGAUGUCACAGCGAGGAUGGACCCUGUGGCAGCAUAUCACUAUUGAUAGCAAAUUUCGUGGGAAAUAUAUUUCUGUCAUGCCAUUAGGAAACAUUCACUUGCAUUUUCACUCAAGCGGAAACCACUAUAUGUGGAGCAAAGUGACGUCAACGGUGCACAACAUUAUUGUGGGAAAACUGUGGAUUGAUCAGUCUGGGGACAUUGACAUUGUAAACACCACGAGCAAGGACACCUGCCGUCUCAAGUUCUCCCCCUACAGCUACUUCUCCAGAGAAGUCCCACGUAAAGUGACAGGAGUGGUAGAGGACAGAGGGGGCACAGCACAUUACAUCCUGUCCGGAACCUGGGACAACAAGAUGGAGAGUGCCAAAAUAGUGGACAGCAGCCAAGGAUGUGGAGGCUCUGAAGGCAAACAAAAGACAGUUUAUCAGACUCUUCAGCCCAAAGUGUUAUGGAAGAAAUACCCUCUCCCAGAAAAUGCAGAGAACAUGCACUUUUUCUCCUCCCUGGCUCUGACUCUGAAUGAGCCAGAAGAGGGGGUUGCGCCUACUGACAGUCGUCUGCGGCCAGACCAGCGGCUGAUGGAGGCGGGUCUGUGGGAUGAAGCAAAUGCCCAGAAGCAGCGUCUGGAGGAACGUCAGAGGCUGGAGAGGAAAAGGAGGGAGGCACAAGCUAAUCGGGCCCUCGAAGAAGGACAAGACAUCGAGGGCUAUCAGCCAGUGUGGUUUGAGAAAAGGACAGAUGACACAACAGGAGAAAGCACCUACAUCUACAAGGGCGGCUACUGGGAGGCCAAAGAAAGACAGGACUGGAGCCAGUGCCCUGAGAUCUUUUAAAACAAAAUUUCCUCUUAUGCUGACAAGACAUCGAGGGUUAUCAGCCAGUGUGGUUUGAAAAAAGGACAGAUGACACAACAGGAGCAAGCACCUACAUCUACAAGGGCGGCUACUGAGAGGCCAAAGAAAGACAGGACUGGAGCCAGUGUCCUGAGAUCUUCUAAAACAAAAUUUCCUCUUAUGCUGUGUGUAGCAACAAAUGUAUGAGAGUACCUAGAGUUCUUAUUUGUGUGUAUGUGUGGUGCUGAAAGAUCAACAUAUGUAUUAGAGAAAACUUUGCCAAAGCACACUUGUUUCAUUGGGUAUGUGUGGAGAUAACUCCAGGGCAAACGGUGCCACAGAUGUUUUGGUACAUGCACUGAAUGUCUUGUUCUCCUCAAAGCUGGAACAGCAUUGUUCCUCGUGCCGGGCUGAGGUACGAGGCUUUGAAAGGACUGUAAGAGGACAAGCCAUUCUUCUCCACUAGGGGGCUUUUUCACAGCACAAUCCCUCCCUCUUGAGGAGGUUUACAGUUCUGUUUCAUGAAAUUGCACAGUCUGUAUCUUGAAGGAUUCACAGUUGCUGUCAGUCUGAGUGACCUGCCAUGAAAACAAAAGUAGAUGUUAAUCUCUUUGGAUGCACAAGUGACUGAAAACACCAUGCAGUUUUGUAGGUAACUUCUGCUUCUUCCUUGUUUCUGAAUGAAUUAAAGAGACACUCCACCGAUUGCUGA